AUGGAGCCCCGAUUUGGUUCGACAGGUGAUGCGGCAUUGGAUUCCACGUUUCAGGACUGUUUUAGGGAUUCGAUGCCUAGCACCUGGCCGCAUCAGAGCCAAAGACAGCCGCCUCUACAGCUGCAGGAACGCCUCGAAUCGCUAGAAUCUACCUUAGCCGAGGUCGUUGAGGGUUUAAGAGAUCAUCGUGCUGGGUCCGCAUCGUGGAGCUCUCGGUCUACAUGGAAAGAUAAACGCCGUCGUCGACGCAGUUCCAAUAGCUCUAUGCGCAACACUGCAUCGGGGGUGAGCGUGUCAACAGCUGCCUCUCCAUCAAGCGCUGGUGGUGCCACAUCUACCAUCUCCUCUCCAAACGAUCCUCGUGUCCCAUGGGAGUCAGCAGAGACCAUAGCAGAGCUGUACUUGACGUAUUGUGACUGCCAGCCGUUGCCUCUCUUUCACUGCCCAGACUUUGUGUCGACCUUUGCAAACAGGGAUACGCAAGUCGUCUACGCCGUCUUUGCCCUUGUUGCAAGGUUCUCGGAUAGAGCCAAGAGCACGCAACUGCUUAUAGAAGACCAGCGGCAAGCGUUCGCUGACGCAGCUCAUCGAAGCGUCAUGGCUCAAAUAGCAUCGGGACGCGUUGAGCUCUCAACAUUGCAAACCCUGUGCUUGCUCACCCUCAAUGGCUUUCAAAAUGGCGAGAUAGCUCUAUCACGAGUACACCGCUCGCUGGUUAUGACAUUGGUGCACUCCGCCCGUUUGCACCAGGAAUCUGUCCAUCAAGGCGACGAGCGCAUCAUAGAUGAGCGGCGACGGUGCUACUGGAGUGUCAUUCUGUUGCAGCAACUGCUGGGGGAGAGUGUGUCCGGUGUAGGGAGUCAGCUCUCGCAGGCCACGAUGCAUUCGCCACAAUUCCCUACUAGUGCUACAACUCCGUCUACAAGGAAUGUAACAGAAGGUGAACAAUGUCAAUCUACUUCCCCGUCUACCAAGGAACAAGAGGGUAUUCUCUACGUUAUCCUGAAGCUUAGUGAGGUGUGGUCUCAAGUUCAAGAGUAUACCCGAAGCCGAGGCGCGUCUGGAAAUGGCAUGCCACCAUGGUCUCCUCAGUCGGCAUACUCAAAGACGGUCGAGUCCAUUAUGAAUCUCGGGCCGCAACUACCGUCCAUGCAUAGAUACCGGUUCAUCCGCAUAUCCAGAAUAUCAGCGCAGGAUCUUGAAGAGUCUCGCGAUUAUUGGGCUCCGUGGCUUCUCAGCCGUCUUAUUUAUCAUACUUCCAUCUGCAUACUCAACCACCCAAUUCUGAUCAUGCUUCAAAUACAAGGGCAGCAUCAUGUAUCGGAACUUUUCCUCCAACACACCAGCUUUCAACGGGAUCACCACACUUCGUGGGUCGUUCACUUCAUCAAGUUCCUACAGUCAAGGCGCUUCUACGUGUCAGAUCCUAUGUUUGCUUACUGUGCUGCAGUAGUGGCGACAAUCGAGCUGUACCAGAGCUUUGUUGGCGACGACCAGGGGACCAAGACACAAAGAGCACAGGAAAGCAAGCAAAAUUACGAAGAGUGUCUCGCUUUCAUCCUCAGCUUACACGGAAGAUGGCCAUCUUUGGUGCGAAUAGCUGAUAGCCUCGAACGCCUCGGUCAAGACAUGGCAGUGUUGUAUGAAAACAACAUGGCCAAGUCUGACGAGAAUAUCAACAUAGACAUUUCUAGCUUCUUCUCAAUCCUUGACCUUUCAAGAUUCUGUGCCCCCGACGGAAGUGUCGAUGUUCCACAAUCUGUCUUCGGACCAACGUUGGACCCCUGCCCUGCCCCUGAAACACCAAGAAGCGCCAACUUACAACGGCUGCCUCGCAUCACUGAGAUGGAUUCUUCUGAGUCUACGGCAGUUGAACAAAGCGGGAUCGCUAGCCAUUUAUUAAGUACAGACCAAGGCAUUUUCCUCCCUGCAGACCAGUUCUUCGACGGCCUCCAAGGCGUAAGCAUGGGUUUGUGGGAUGAUGGGUUAGAUGAGGCUACUACCGCUGCGCUUGACUUGAACGCUGUAGAAUUCUGA